ACGGGAUAUAGAUAUUUAUUAUAUUAUUAUCUGUAUUAUGAUGGCUCGGCUAAUGGCACGAUUAGUUGCUGCAUCCUGGUACAUCGGCAAGCGAUUCCAUAGCAACAGCCCCCCUCGUGACAGCUGCACAUGAUGGCAAUAACACCAGUAUUAUUAUGCUGCAUCGCAUACCGACUUAUUUAUAUAUUUGGAUAUAUAUAUAUAUAUGUGAUGAGUGCUCCUAUUGAUGCCAGGUCAAAGAUGUUGGCACGUCCGAGAUCCCGUGCACGCCACAGUAUAUACACACACAUAUAUAUAUUUGAUAUAUAUAUACUGUACAUGUUGACUGACUUGACCUGUCCAAGUAUAGAGAACUCGGUCGGCUUCAAUUCGCCACCCCAGACUGCGGGGUCAGCGGCACGUGAGGGUUGCAUACACAAUACAUGACGACGGCCAAGUACUAUGUAGAGUUCGACUAAUGAGUAUUUAUUGAGUAUUUGAUGCUGAAGACGAAAAUAUAGCUACUUAUGUAGCAACUGGUGUUGUGACAAGGUACAAUCCGUCAUACACCAGCUACAUAUGUACAUCAACACAACAUAAUCAUAGUAUACCAGAGUAACUUG